AUGUGCGAGUACCCGAUAUACGUCAAGGCGCUCAUCAAGCGGCAGCAGGGACGGAUACAGGAAUCUUUGCAGCUCUUCCAGGCGGCAACCGCGCUAAACCCGCACAACGUCGCCAACCUCAAGCAGGUGGGCCGAUCGCUGUACCUCCUGGGCAAGCACAAGGCGGCGGUGGACGUGUACGACGAGGCGCAGCGCGUGAGUACCGCGGAGGACUGGGAGAUUUGGCACAACAAAGGGUUGUGUCACAUGUACCUCAAGCAAUACGACGAAAGCGUGGAGUGCUUCCGAUCGGCCAACGACGUGCAGCGCCACGACACCACGUACAGGCAGAUGGGCAAGGUGUUCACGCUCCAGGAGCGGUACCAGGAGGCGGUCGACGUCUACCUCGAAGCCCUGGAGUUCUCGCCGGAUAACCCCGAGCUGCUCACGACCGUCGGCCUCCUCUACCUGCGAAUGGGGGAGAAUUACAGGGCGUUCGAGUACCUCGGCAACUCGCUCUCCGUCGACCCGCGAGACGCGAAGACGAUACUCGCCGCCGGCUCGAUCAUUCAGGAUCACAACGACAUGGACGGGGCGCUGAUCAAGUACCGCGUCGCGGCGGUGCAAACCCCGAACAGCGCGCAGCUGUGGAACAACGUGGGGAUGUGCUUCUUCGGCAAGCGCAAGUACAUCGCGUCCAUCGCGUGCCUCAAGCGAGCGCUGUACUUGGACCCCUUCGAGUGGAUAAUCGCGUACAACCUCGGGUUGGUCCACCUGACGACGGGGCAGUGCGCCAGCGCGUUUCACUUCUUCUCGAGCAGCAUCAACCUCAAGCCCGACUUUCCCGCGGCGUACAUGUACCUCGCCGUCACCCUGGCGAGGCUGGACGACUUUGAAAACGCGUGCGCCGCGUACGACAGGGCGGCGGAGAUCGACGGCGGGGCGGAUUUUACGAUUCGGUUAAAUUACGCCAUCACGCUCUUCAACGGCGGCGACGCGGAACGGUCGCGGACGCAGUUCGCGGAGUUUGAAAAAGCGUGGCUCGCGGCGGACGAGGAGAGCAGGGCGGCGGACCCGGACGUGGAGACGCAGGCGGAGACGCUUCGGCGGGCUCUCGGGUUGUAG